AUGGCGUGGGAGCACCUUUCCAUAACCAAGCCGCACUUGGUGUACAUCAUCCUCGGCGGCUUCACCAGCCUGUUCAUGUUGUGCUCGUCGGUCAUCAAAGAGCGCCUGUACAUUGGCGAAGCUACCGUCGCAACAUUAUGCGGUAUCAUAUUCGGCCCGCACGCCGCAAACCUCAUAAACCCUGAUGAUUGGGGUAACGUCGACCUGAUCACGCUGGAAUUCUCUCGCAUUGUCCUCGUCGUACAAUGUUUCGCUGUCGGUGUCGAAUUGCCCCGCGCAUACAUGGAGAAGCACUGGAAGUCGGUCACGCUACUUUUGAUCCCGGUCAUGACCUUUGGCUGGCUUAUCACAAGCUUGUUCAUAUGGUGGCUGUUUGGAAGCCGUCUGAACUGGCUUGACAGCCUUUGUGUGGCGGCCUGUGUCACCGCUACCGACCCCGUCCUGGCCUCCUCCGUCGUCGGAAAGGGAAAGUUCGCAAAGCGUGUACCCAAACAUUUGCGAGAUUUGCUUUCCGCUGAGUCUGGCUGCAACGACGGCAUGGCCUUCCCGUUUGUUUACCUGGCCAUCUACAUCAUUCGCUAUCACCAUCACCCUGAUAAGGUCGCUUUCCACUGGUUCUGUUACACCAUUCUAUACGAAUGUAUCUUUGGUGCUGUUUACGGCGUCUGUGUCGGAUAUGCGGCUCGUCGCGCCAUUCGAUAUGCACACGACCGUGACCUGGUUGACCGUGAGAGUUUCCUCGUGUUCUAUUUCGUUCUGGCCCUGUUCUGUGCUGGUUCUGGAAGUAUGCUUGGUAUGGACGAUCUACUCGUUGGAUUUGCCUGCGGAGUUGGCUUUUCAAACGACGGCUGGUUUCUUGAAAAGACGGAAGAGUCGCAUGUGUCCAACGUUAUCGACUUAUUGAUCAACUUGGCAUUCUUUGUGUUUUUCGGGACUAUCAUCCCGUGGGAGCAGUUCAACUCGGACGUUCUCGGUAUAACGCCGUGGCGACUGGUCGUGCUCGGUCUCCUCGUUCUGUUCUUCCGCCGCAUACCGGUCAUGCUUGCACUCAAGCCUUUGAUACCGGACAUCAAGACUUGGCGCGAGGCACUUUUCGCCGGACACUUUGGUCCCAUCGGAGUCGGCGGUCUCUUUGUUGCUAUUUUGGCGAGAGCAGAACUGGAGACGGAAGAAACAACACCUUUGGCUGAAAUACCGCCACCAGGGUUCCCGCACCGCAACGUUAUCGAAUUGAUAUGGCCGAUUACAUGUUUCCUAGUUAUUUGCAGUAUUCUGGUGCACGGAAGUUCAAUAGCGGUUUUCACGCUCGGAAAACACAUCAACACGUUGACAAUCUCGCUAUCUUACACCCAAGCGAACGAGGAUGGACCUAGCUGGAUGGACCGUCUUCCGCGCAUCCAAUCGCGCUCCAAAUCGUCAAUGUCUCUUGGUCGCCGACCUUCCGAGUCCUCGUUCGACGAGAAAGAGACCACCGGACCGGGCGGGCUACCGAGUGUUGGAAUCCCAGGCGCAUUCCUACGACGUCAGAAGGAGGAAGAAGGGGAAAGCCGUGCCAGUUCUUUGCGGCCUUCUGCUCGCCGAAGGGGCCGAGGUUGGGACAGUGGACGCGGUCCUGGUGGGCCAGUCUCACAGUCCGCCAUCAUGCCUAAUAGGGGGAACCGUGACCCAUAUGAGACUGCCUCGCCGUUGCAAGAGAGAGACUCGGAUACUCUCGCUGUGCCUAGCGACGACUCGCCAGAAGGAUCUGCGACCGCUAGAGAGAAGAGAAGGACAUUUUCUGAAGAGGAGUUAUACCAGGAGGGUGACAAGACUGUAAUCGAGGAUGAAGAGGGCAACGUUCUGGGUAUCCGCGAGAGUCGUCCGGGCGAAGACUCUGAAGAACGGCUAGAGCAUGACAACCAGGAAGCAGCACGACUUGCAAGAGUAAAGGACGUUGAGCACGGUGUUGCUCAAACUGAACAUGGUGGUGCACUGGAAGAAGCACCUGGAAAAGCAAUCAACGCAUUGGAACACCCAAGCAAAUGGCGCAAACGUAUGGAAAGCUUUUCAGGCAGACAUCAUCACACGGAAGCUGGACCCGCCGAACCCCCCAGGGCUCAGAGGCCGGAGAAGCGAGGCCCUGCGCUUGCUUAUCAAUUCGGCAACACCAUCAUUGUUGAAGACGAAGAUGGUGAGGUGAUCAAGAAGUACGACAUUCCCGCUCAACCUAAAGGAGACCGUCCUGGUGUCGAUCGUAAGUCUUCGAUGGCAGAAUCAAGCGGCCGUGCAAUGCAGAGCCUACGCAAGAUGGGAACGUACGUGGGUGUUCCGGCGCACAAGCAGCAUGAGGCUGAGGUUUCGACGAAAGGGCAUGGAGAGACUGAAGGCAAAAAGAAGAAGCCUACGGUUGACGCAGAUGACGAUCGCAUUCGUUUCACAGUUACAGCUGGUGGACGACGGAUGAGCAAAGCCGAAUUCAUUCAGCAAAUGUCCAGUAUGGAGCCAAAGGCACGCGCUAAGUUCAUCCAAGAGAGCGACGUCCCCGAAGGUAUCAAACGCGAGGCUCAUCAAGAUGCGAAGGACGCCACUCGCCGAGGCGCCGCUUCCUCCGCGAAAGUACCACCUGUUGUGGGCGAGGAAGGACAAGCCGAAAUUCAUCGCAUCGAGUCGCCAGAAGCGAGACAGGAAGAGCGCAAGCGCGGCCCUGAGGGACUCACCCUUGUCGAUAGCGACGACGAGGACAUUCCCUUCCACGACGUACGCCAGAACCUUGCAAAAUUUUCUAUGGACAAAGGUAAAGGCGAAACUGCAGCCCAGCGCCGCCGCCGCGAGGCGACUGAGCAAUCGGGCUCUCCAGGCGCACACGCUGGCAAUGCGCUAGAAAUCUCCGACGACGACGUUGAAGAGACACCAGCAGAGAACAAGCGUCGUAUGGCCGCCCUUACGAGCUCCUCAUCACCCGCCAACACGGCGCGCCGAACGAUUGAUCCCUCUCAGCCACCGCCCAAGUCGCACAUGGACGUAGGCGAAACCGCAGCUGAGCGCAAGCGUCGUCUCGGUGCGUUGGGCAUGGGAAGCGGCGACGAGUCGUCCCCCGAAUCGGAUUCUGACGCUGAAGAGGGUGGUGACCCCCUCGAGACAGGUCGCGGAUCGCACGCAGCGCAACAGCAGGCGGCUGCUCGGAAAGCACCAGGCAUCCGGUUCGCAGAGCAGCCGAGAAUCCCGACCAAAGACGAGCGAGCACAAGAGGAUAAGGACGAGAAGGGGGCGGCUGAGAGUAGCAGGAAGGGCCCGUUGAGUAAGCUGAGGUGGAAGAAGUGA